ACUUCAUCUCUCUCUCUCUCUUGUGAGAGAUACUUUUGAUCAUCUUAAUAAUAAGGUGAAACACAAGAUAUGGAGCCCUAAAAUCUCGAUCAAGUAAUAUAUAUAUAUUAUAUAUAUGUAUGAAGAUUCAAUUUCAUCAUCAUCUCCUUUAUUAACUUGAUCUCGUUAAUUCAUAAUUCCUCCGGCGCCAGGGGGCAAUGAGGAAGAAGAAGAAUGGCGGCGGCGGCGGCGGCUGGUUUCACUCCGUUAAGAAUGUUUUCCGAUCGUCUCCCUCCGCCGUCAAAGAAUUUCCAGACAAGAAGCAAGCCCCGGAGGUUGUGUCUUUCGAGCAUUUUCCGGCGGCAAACGAGACUUCACCGGAGGACAAUAUUAUUACAAAUUAUGACAGCAGCUUCUCAUCACCUCCUCCUCCUCCUCAUACAAGAAGAGAUCAUCAUCAGUCCAUGGCCGUUGCAAUUGCCACUGCAGCCGCGGCUCAGGCUGCUGUUGCCGCAGCUCAGGCAGCCGCUAAGGUCGUCCGUCUAGCUGGAUACGGCCGUCAGUCGUCUAGGGAAGAAAAGGCUGCCACUCUAAUCCAAUCCUAUUACAGAGGAUACCUCGCGCGCAGGGCUUUGCGUGCUCUUAAAGGAUUGGUUAGGCUACAAGCUCUAGUGAGGGGCCAUAACGUUAGAAAACAAGCUCAAAUGACAAUGCGGUGCAUGCAAGCACUCUUGCGUGUCCAAGCUAGGGUUAGAUCUAGCAGACUACAACUAACCCACAACAACAACAACAACAGAUUAAGCCUCACAGUGGCUGCAGCAACAGCAUUACAACAACAACAACAACAGAUGAGAAGGCCAUUUAAGGAUUAUGAUCAGACUGCAGAUUCUUAUAGAGAUGGAAGGCAUCAUCAGAGUAUGAACAGAGUAAUAGAAGGCAGCACCGUGAAGAAACAUGAUGGUUUGAUGAAGAGAGAAAGAGAUCUUGCUUAUGCCACCUUCCGCCACCAGCAACACCAAAAAGAAAAAGAAGAGAAACAAUUACAAUAUUAUCAAUACUCAGAUAGGAACAAAAGCGAGGAUUAUGAUCAUCUAUCCUCAAUGGGAUGUACUGAAAAGUCAGAAUGGGGAUGGAAUUGGCUGGAGAGUUGGAUGGCGUCCCAAUCAUGUACAAGAGAGACAACCUCCGACGACAAGACCACCGCGAAAAUGCAAGUACCCAAGAAUGAGGUGGUCGAAGAGGAUGAGGUGAAUUCAUACCCUACAAGCAGACAACCCCGAGAACAACGGAACCACCUAGAUAUUGAUAUCCCAAGAUACAUGGCCCCAACACAAUCAGCAAAAGCCAAAGUCCGGGCUCAGAGUGUGAUCCAGCAUAGGAGCCCACCACCACCAUCUAUGCAGAUGCAGGCUCAAUGGAACUCCUCCUCCUCGAACAAGAGAUCAUUAGGUUUAGGAUGUGACUCGUCGAGUUCUGGAGCCGGGACCACCACCUUCCAGACCACUAGGAGCCCAAGUCCGAAAUAUAGUAUUGGAACAAAGACUCACUCCAAAUGGGCAGCCGGUUACAUCCCAGACUCAAGCAGUGAUGACAGGACUUUGCCUUCUUUUGAUGGUUGGAGACGUCACAAUUUCACCUAAUUAAUAUUAAUUAAUAUGUUCUUAAUCCUUUUUAAUUUAUUUAUUAUACCAUGUAUUAAUAAAUCAACAUUAUCUUU